AUGGGUGCGUUCCUUGAAAAUCCAAUGUUCUUUUUUGUCGACGACGCAAAACCGAUUCUGCCAAUCUUCCGACCUCUUGAAUACGGUCAUUCAGACAAGAUCGUGGAAUUGAUGGAUGCCGAAUGCGACACGGAGACCACCUUUCCUAUUCGAAAUGGGAAUUAUAGCGGAGGAAAAGCGUUGCGAAAUAAUCACAAUUAUGUCGACGUAUACAUCGAUAUAGAUUACGAUUCGGAGGAACCUUAUAAGAAUUUAGAUCUCUCCAAAUCCGCUUUCGCCACUAAAUACAAAGACGACUACUACACCCAAUACGUUGCUUCUCAAAAUACAAUUGGACAUUCUCGGAAAGAACGUUUUGCACAGUAUGAUUAUUCAAGAGAUUUCGAAUCGCCAUUUGCGCGAAGCAAUCGCGCACAUCAAGGAGAAAACACUUUUUCACAAAGAUAUACUGAUAAAGAUGAGAGGAAUCUUCAUGAAAUUCACACUGUUGACGUUCAACCGAGACAAACAAAGAUUCUCUCGAAAACGGAUGAAAUUUAUGAUUAUGAGGCGGAAUUUAGAAAGACUCGUAAUAUGGAACACCAAGAUAUUUUUUCCGAUGCUGUUGAUUCCAACGUGCUUCCGAAGAAUGAUUUCUGGGACUUUGUACCAUUGGAAAACGAAGAAAAUCGUGAGGAAUUAACGUUUUCAGAUCCGGAUAGUGUAAAGAACCACAGUGGUUCGCAAAGAAUAAUGCCGCAAAGAAAAAGAUUACAUAAUUUUAAUACGCAGCAAAAACGUGAUAUUGUCGAUUUUGAGAAAGAAGAAUCCGAGAAUAUGCAGCAGAAUAACAGCCAAGAAAAUUUCUCGCCAAAAACUUGGACUGGAAGCGCGAGAUAUCAAAGUAGAAAAAGUGAUGCAAUGACAGAGACGCCCAAAGUUUUGCAAUUGAAUAUGCAAAACACGAAUUCUCCACAAGUUCGACCUGUAAAAACAUUUAUCGAUGAACAAAUCUCGAACACGAGUUCCGCGAAAAAACAUUUAAGCAAGGCAAAGCCACGUUCAGCGAUUGAACGAAAAAAGAACAUUAGCUCCUCAACAGUUGUGCACAAAAAAGAAACUGUGAAUGCUAUUUCUGCUCGAACAAGUGCUGACGAUCGUCGGUAUCGCAACAAAUUCGUCAAUAAGCUUUCCAACAAAUUUUCUAAUGAAAUGGUACGAUCGGCAAAAACGUUUAAGCGCAUCGCAGACUCGAAAAGCGACGAGCGAGCGUACAAAGCAAACGAAAGAAAUAACACGACUCUUCAUCGUGGAAAUUUGGGGAGUAGUAAAAUCGAUCGGAGGAAUGUGUCUAUUUCGCGAUCAACACUCGAAGAGGAAGUGGGAAAAACCGAGAGGAUAUUUUCUUUGAGAAUGACAGGUACUCCACUGCGUACAAAAGUAGAAAAAGAAAAGAAGAGGAACUUAUCCAGAUUACCCAUACGAACGUGGAAACGUUUGAGAACGAAAGAACCCGCUGCAUUACGUCUUGAGAGUAACAUAAUAAAUGAGAAGAUUAGCCAAAAGCUACAAAAAAUUAACAUUGAGGUUAAGAAUUCAAAAGAUCACUCGAAGAGAGUAGAAGAUAAUGAAGUGCGCGAGGCAGCUGAGGACGAUUGCGCAACCGCAAAUCGCAGCGACAUAAAGCAGAACAUUCGUUUCAGAACAGGAUUAUUCGGUGCCGAUAAACCAAGAUUGACUUCCUCCAAUUUGAAGGAUUUGAAUCCAAAGAGCUUAAAUACAACGAAGAGAAUAUACGCGAAACGGAACAAAAAAAUAAACAUUAAAUAA